AUGAAUACAUCUUAUCCAAUACUCAAUGACCUGUUCGUUUUCCUUAAUAGCACAAUUACACAUAUUUCAAUAGUUUAUUCAAGAAUUCCAGGUUCAGGAAUUCUUUUGAAAUAUAUAAAAAAUUCUCACCAAAAUGAUCCAUUUCGCACUUUUUUGGAAGUUUUAUUGGUACUUUUUGGUAUUAUAUAUUUGCUUACAAAGAAAUACCGUACCGAUAAUAAAUUAAUCGAUCUAACUCCGAGCGAAGUUGAAGAAUUAGUUGACGAGUGGCAACCAGAACCACUUGUACCAACUAUUACAGAAAAUCAACGUAUAGAAUUGGAAAAAACUCCAGUUCUAAAUGGUCCUCAGGGUCCAAGAGUUAAAUUAGAAAAAGCUAUACAAAUUCUUAGAAAAUAUGGCGUAGGUUCAUGUGGACCUCCAGGAUUUUAUGGCACAAUUGAUGUUCAUACUGAAUUUGAAAGAACAGUUUCAGAAUUUCUCGGAACAGAUGACACUAUAUUAUAUUCUCAGGCCUUUUCUACUAUUGGUUCUGCUAUUCCUUCAUUUUGCAAAAGAGGUGACAUUAUUGUCGUUGAUCAAGGAUGUAACUUCGCGAUUCAAAAAGGUAUACAAAUUUCUCGCUCUGUCGUUAAGUGGUACAAGCACAAUGAUAUGCAGGAUCUUGAAAAUAUUUUACUAAAAAUUAAGAAUGAAGAUAUCGAGUCUGGAAGAAGGCUCACUAGAAGAUUCAUUGUCACUGAAGGUAUAUUUGAGAAUUCUGGAGAUAUUGCUCAAUUACCUAAAUUGAAAUUCAAGUAUCGACUUAUUCUUGACGAAAGCCUGUCAAUUGGAACAUUGGGUAAACGCGGUGCUGGAUUAACUGAUUAUUACAAUAUUAAUCCAAAGGAAGUCGACAUGAUUGUUGGUUCCAUGUGUACUGCAUUAUGUUCUUCUGGUGGUUUUUGUUCCGGUUCAUUUGAGAUCACUGAUCAUCAGCGAAUUUCUGGUCCAGCAUAUUGUUAUUCUGCUGCUUUGCCUGCAAUGCUUUCAGCAUGUGCCACAGAAUCUAUCAGGAACUUAGACCGAAAUCCACAUCUUGUUGCAAAGGUUUCAUCAAAUACAAGUACUUUUAAAAGCAAUAUGGCGAAUGUUAAAUAUGUUACAGUUGAUGGAUACGCUGACUCUCCAAUGUUUCAUUUAAGAUUAAAUAAAGAUGUAAAAGCUAAUAACACAGAAGAAAAGGAGAAGUUUCUUCAGGAAAUUGUUGAUGAGGCAAUUAAUAAUGGAGUGUUGUUAACUCGUGCAAAAUAUGUGUAUGGACAAGAAAUAUUUGGCAUAGAACCCAGUAUUCGAAUUUGCAUCUCUGCAAGUUUUAGCAAAAAAGAAAUCGAAAGGGCUGCGGCAAUUAUUAAAAGCGCGAUCAAUAAGAAACAACUUAUUCAUAAUAUUCGUAUAUAUAACCUAUAUUCAUCACUUGUAUACGUGGAUAGUCAAACUUCUAAAAAGAAAGGGUUCGAG